UCCUGUGAAGUCAUCAUCCCGCGCCUGAUCGCCACAGUAUUGACGUCACCGGUGGAGAGGCGGCUGUCCAGGCGGGAGGAUUGAGCUGCAGACUGCAGAGAUGGCUGGAGUCUGGCAGCAUCCAUUUGUGAACAUCUUCAAGCAUGUGCGCCUGGAAGAAUGGAAGAGAUCGAGCAAGGAAGGGGAUGUCACCAGCGUCAUGGAUAAAAAUCUGAAGUGUACAGUAUACAAGAUCCGGGGCUCAAUCUCUCCCGGGAACUAUAUCCAGCUCCCCAAAACCAGUUCCCAGAGCCUGGGCCUGACGGGGCGCUACCUGUACGUGUUGUUCAGACCACUACCUGGAAAACACUUUGUGGUGCACAUCGAUGUGAGCGCAGAGAAUAGCCAGACCAUCCGGAUCUCCUUCUCCAAUCUUUUCAAGGAAUUUAAAUCCACAGCUACAUGGCUACAGUUCCCAUUUGUGUGCGGUGCAAUAAAAGGGUCCGUCUAUGACAGCACUAUGCAGGCAGCACGUGAUGGCUUAGUGGGUCCGGCCCCCACAGGCUCCCGCUGGACCUGCCUUCUGCUGGACCUCCAGUACAUCCUGUCUAUGUAUCUGAGCCGCAAGUACAGUCACCUGAAGAGCGUCAAGCUGUGCUCAAGUCUGCUAGUGAAGAAUCUGAUUACCAGUGACCUGGUCUUCCAGCCAGACCUAUCGUUUACAGAAGCACGACAUUCCAAAACUCUACCACAAGGGGUCGCCGCAAUGCCUCGUGAGAUGGCAUUUCCAGUGCCCAAGGGAGAAAAAUGGCAUGACUUCUAUGACUUCAUACGAUUUCCUUCAGAUGGCUCUAAGCUGCCAUAUGACUCCAUGCAGAAGGGACAGACUGUUUCUGCAGCCCCCGGUGCCCCCCUACCUCGCAGUCCUAUGCGUGAAUACCCACGCUCAGUCACUGUCAGUAAACCAGUGCAGGACCGGGUGUCCCUCAUCCAGCAGAUCACCACCCCCAGACCGCUUCCACGGGCUAAUCCUCUUCGUGUAGACUCCGUCCCGGAGCGGUACUUAUCUGUACGAGAAAGGAAUGCCAAGGACCAGGACUCUGAGAGCACAGCUGCUGAGGAUGAUGAUGGCGGAAUCCAUGUGUACGCACACAAUGGCAGCAACCUGUCUAUCCUCAGGCACAACAAUGACUCGGAGCAAGUGAUCUGCACCUCAUCUCACAGACCUGUCCCCUUAUCUUCAGGAACAGAGGGAAAGAAACUCCUUCCAGACCCUAUCCUGAAACUGAGAAAAAUCAUUGGUUUUGGAGGCUGCACAGAACGCCUUGCUCUCUGGACUCACACUGGCUGUUCUGUGGUCUAUCCUUGCCACGCCGUUAUUGUAGUUUUCAACGUAGAAAGUGGAGAGCAACGUUUUUUCUUGGGACACACUGACAAGGUGUCGGCACUGGCGUUUAGUGGAAACUGUACCCUCUUGGCCUCUGCCCAGACUGGAACCCUCAGUAUGGUGCGCCUGUGGCACUUUCAGAAAGGAAGUUGUCUCGCUAUGUUCAAAACUCACGCUCAUUCCAUGUCCUACCUCAGUUUCUCACACAGUGGCUCCGUCCUGUGUGGAGUUGGGAAGGACGGACAUGGCAAAACGAUGGUGGUGGUUUGGAACACUUCACAGGCCAGUCGGGGAGGGGAAGUCGUGGUCCUGGCAAAGGCCCAUACAGAUGUGGACAUCCAGACUAUGAAGAUCGCCUUCUUCGAUGACACCAGGAUGGUAUCAUGCGGUAAGGACAACGUUCGUUUAUGGAGGGUGCGCAGUGGUUCGCUGAGGUCAUGCCCAGUUAAUUUGGGCGAGUAUCACACCCUAGAGUUUACGGACCUGGCAUUUGAGGCCAUCCACAACCCUGAUAGAGAGCCGGAGGACCGGACACUCUAUGUGUGCAGCCGCAGUGGCCACAUCAUGGAAAUAGACUACAAGAACAUGGUGUUGUGUAAUGUGCGGCGCCUGCAGCCAACUCAAGUCAAACACGGCGAGAGGCGGGAGAAGCAGACCUUCAACACCGGUCCCGGCAUUGCCAUAAACAGCCUCUCCAUUUCUUCCACCUACUGUGCAACUGGAUCUGAAGAUGGCUACUUGCGUCUGUGGCCCUUAGACUUUUCAGGGGUUUUCCUAGAGGCAGAACAUGAGGGUCCUGUAAGCUGUGUAACCAUCAGUCCAGAGGGUCUCCGUGUAUUGUCCUGCACUAGAAGCGGUGAGCUUGGGGUCCUGGACGUUCCCACCCGUGCAUACCUAACUUUAAUGAGAUCUCACACAGACUCCCUUUUGGCCUUCUCUACCCACCCAACUAACCGCCAGCUUGCCACCGUGUCCACCGACAACACAAUACGGAUCUGGGACAUGUCUUCUCUGCAACAGCUGUAUGACUUCACAGCCAGCGAGGAGACUCCAUGCACUGUAACAUUUCACCCCAUCCAGCAGGCCCUGGCCUGUGGCUUCAGCACCGGAGUUGUGAGAUAUUUCGAUGUCACAACAACGAGUCUGCAGGCAGAACACAAGCAGCACCGCAGUCCUAUCACAGGUCUCCUCUUCUCCCCAGAUGGGGGCCUUCUGUACAGUGCCUGCUCUCUGGGAUCCUUGGCCUUGUACAGCAUUGGACACAAGGAGCAGCAUGUCCUGCGUGUGCUCGGUAAUGUGGUGUGCAAGAACUCAGAGCGAGGCCCUCAGGCAUUGUGUCUGAGCAAGGAUGGACGUCUUUUGGCCUUUGUUGGACCUACAGAAUACACCGUCACCAUCAUGGAUGCCAGGUCACUAGACGAGCUCCUGCGUGUAGAUGUGAGUAUUCUGGAUCUGGACAGCACAAAGCUAGAUUGUGCAGUGAGCCUGGCCUUCACCUCUCAGCGUCCAUAUCACUUGCUGGUGUCCACCUCUGGAGACAAGAUUCUUUGGCUGGACUCCAAGACUGGGCGUUUCAUAAAGGAGGUUUCACAAGCGCACAAGCAGUACUGCUCCACACUGGCCCUGAGCGAGGAUGACAAGUACCUGCUGACAGCAGGAGAUAGAAUCAUCAAAGUGUGGGACCAUGGGUCGCCUGGAACCUCCCGCCCACAGGUGUUUAUCGGUCACUCGGAGCCAGUACAACAGGUGGACUUCUCUCCUGACCAGCAGACGGUCAUCUCUGCCGGAGACGCCAUAUUUAUCUGGGAUUUUGAGGCGGCUCCAGAUCCUGACGCCCCAGAUCUUUGCUCUGCUCCAUGUCUGCCUUCUGUCCAUCAGUCAGGCCCAGUUUACAAUCUGCCCAGGACUCUCCAUUCCAGCUCUGAUUUGACAGACCAAAGAAGAGACUCCACGUACAUUUCCAGUGGGAUGCCACGUGAUAGGGCACCUCGGCCCUGUAUUUCCUCACCUCCUCGGCUGGACAUCAGCCCGGUGCAACGAGUGGAGACUGCAGGCCUCCUCUCAGACUCAGAUGAUGGGGAUGUGGAGCUCGGCAAAGUACUGCAUGACCAAUCAAACGUAGAAGAGGUUGAGAUCCAGGAUCCGAAGGAAAGUGAUGGGCAAUCUUCACUGAUCAUCAUAGAGAGCCAUCCCAACCGCACCAAGCUGGCCAGAACUGCUGGAAGCAUUGCAGAAGGUGUAAGGCAGAACCUGCCACGUCCAGAUACCUACUCGCAUUUCAACCCUCGAUACAAGACCUCAAGCCUGGCCAAGGGAUUGAGCCAUCCUCCAGCUGGCCAGGAGAUGUUGGCCCUCAAAGCUGUCAUUGGAUAUAAUGGCAAUGGUAGAGGGAACAUAGCUUGGAGCCCUGAUACAGGCUUUUUUGCAUACACAUGUGGCUGCAUAGUGGUGGUGGAGGAUCUUCAUUCAGGAUCACAGCGCCAUUGGUUGGGACAUCCAGAGGAGAUCUCUACUUUGGCACUAACUCAUGAUGCUCUGGUCCUGGCCUCCUCCUCUGGCUCUGGAGAUGGCUCUUCUCUGUGUCAGAUAAGAAUCUGGAACACACAGGAGGGCUUGUGUACUAAAAUUCUGCAGUGCCAUAGCACAGAGGUUCAGGCUAUGAACUUCUCCCGAGAUGACAGACUGCUAAUCACUGUUGGUGACUUUAGAGAUGGGAAGCUUGCUUUGUGGAGCACCAGGACCUAUGAGCUGUUGGCCAGCAGUCGGAUAUGCCAGCCUGUGCACGCCAUAUUCUUUAAUCCAGCACAUGCCAACAGCUUUUCCUGUGUGGGCACCGGAGCUGUGAGUUUCUGGCGUAUAGAGGAACAGGGAAUGUCCACUCAGAUGAAGGUGUACAGAGCUCCGGUGCCAGAUGAGGUUGGCACAGCUGAGUUGACCUCCAUGGCCUAUAACCCGACCUCCCUGCUGUAUACCGGCUGCAGCACAGGGCAGGUAUGUGUGUGGGAUGCUCAGAGUCACCGCUGCUUCAUGACGUGGGAAGCGGACGAGGGAGAGAUCGGUGUCCUGUUGUGCAGGGGAAACAGGCUGGUGACCGGCAGUAACAGUCGCCGGCUCAGACUCUGGGCAGUGGCUGUGGUUCAAGAGCUGAGAGAAAAGGGAUCUGAAGCCAGUUCCUCUUCUGUCCUGAUGGAGCAAGAGAUGACACUAGAUGGCGCUAUUGUCAGCGCAUCAUUCGAUGAUGCCUUGGAAAUGGGCAUUGUGGGCACAACGGCUGGUACAUUAUGGUACAUCAACUGGGUAGAGAGUACCAGCAUCCGUCUAAUCAGCGGUCACAGGAACAAGGUGACAGAUCUGGCGGUGGCACCGGGAGAGGCUCAUUGUGCCACAUGUGGGGAGGAUGGCAGCGUGCGUGUCUGGUCCCUGCACAGCUUCGAGCUUCUUCUACAGUUCCAAGUACUUAAUCAGAGCUGCUUGUGUCUUGACUGGAGCCCCCACAGUGCAUCAGGCCAGAGGAUCGCCGCUGGGUACAGCGAUGGGACCAUCCGAAUCUUCAGCGUGUCCAAAACAGAGAUGGAGAUGAAGAUUCACCCGCACCCUUGUGCUGUCACCGCCAUUGCUUUCUCCCUGAGCGGUGAAGUGUUGAUAUCGGGUGGAAAGGAUGGCUUGAUGGCGAUCAGCAGCACCAGUACAGGAAUGACGGUCCGAGUACUAAGUGAUCACAAAGGAUCCCCCAUCAGCACUAUUCAGUGCUCACGUAGAAGGUCUGAGGAACUGGGCCUACCUGGAGGAGAGGUCUGGUUGGCUGCGAGUCAGGACAGGCGUGUAAGCAUCUGGGCUUCUGAUUGGCCAAAGGAUAAAUGCGAGCUGUUGGAUUGGAUGAGCUUCCCAGCUCCGGACAGUGAGGAGGACCCCGAUUUGGCCUUGCCCACCUUGGCAGCAUUUUGCCCAUGGCAUUUGGGCACCGUGGUGUACACUGGAUUCGGGUUGGAGAAGGAAGUUUUGUUUUACACCCUGGCUCAGAAACAGGUUCUGCUGAGGAUUCCUCUGGCGCACUUCGCCACCUCCCUGUCUAUGUCGCCUGCAGCAUCACUUCUUGCCCUGGGCAGCGGCGAGAGGCUUCUGCGUAUCAUCGACACCUUGGCUGGCACACAGCAAGACUUCUCUGCACACGAUGACUGCAUUCAUCUAUGCCGAGUAUCGCCAACGGGCAACCUGCUCUUCACCGCGUCCUACAACCAAGUCCUCGUCUGGGAUAUCCAACAUUCCUAACUCCUGUAUUAUUUUGGCAGAUCGUCGGACUUUUUUACAAUAUGGCGGCCCCAGUGAGCUGUUGUAAUGUAUGCCAGGCAAUAGUCCAUAGCAUCCAAUCAGAAGUUUUAGAGGCCGGGUGAGCAGAAGAUGAUUUUGUGAUUGGUUGCUGUGGGUUUUUCACUACCUGUGCACUUACUGGAUAGAAAACCAAAUGCAGGAGCUGACUGGUAUGGUUGGACCUUUAGCCAUCCCAAGGAUCUGCAGUCACUCUGAUUGUAUUCAAAAAAGUUACAUUCGCAUGAAAUGUCCCUGAAAAACUUGGGAAUUGGUAUUUUAUAAGACCAGGAUUUCUCUAGGGUUUACGUCAUUGGCUGCUAUUCAGAGUUCACCCUCUGUAACAUGUUACACUCGUUUUCAUGGUGUAAUGUGUUACUGUAGCAGCAGCAGCCCCUCCAAUCCCCCAUUGUGACAGCGGGCCGGGGAUCUUCUCCCCACACCUACUGUCGCACAUCUUUUUUUUUUUUUUUUUUUGCUGGGCUAUGCUUACCCCGCCGCGCCAUUCACUUGCUGAUGGCUUGUAGUUUCCUAUGAACAACCAUGGUGCUGAUGAGCGCUCUAGGUAGUUCAUUGAGUCUUCCUGUCAUUGCGUAACUGCCUAUCCAUACGAAGUGUGAGCAGACAGACACACUGGGGUAGAUUCAGGUACCUUUUGCGGCGGCGUAUCUCCAGAUACACCGCCGUAAUUUGAAUUCCACGCCC